GUUAACGUCCUCUAUAAUUAAGCAAAGAUGGAAGAUGAUUAUUAUGCUUUGCUUGGGAUUCCAUCAACAGCAAAUGAUGAGAUGAUACAGAGAGGGUAUAGAAAAGCAGCACUUCGAUAUCAUCCAGAUAAGAAUAAAGAAGCAUCUGCUAUAGAAAUAUUUCAUAAAAUAGCACUUGCAUUCGAUGUUUUAAGUGAUCCAGUAUCUCGCUCUAGUUAUGAUUCUAGUAGGGAAUCUUGGCUUGCUAAAAAGCGAAAGUAUGAAGCAUUAGAUAAAGAAAGAAAGCGAAUGAUAGAUGAGCUUGAGCGGUGGGAUAAAGAGGCUAAGCUUCGAAAAAUUAAGUCAGAGACAGCAAUGGAUGCUACUUUACGUAAGCUUCAGGAAGAAGGAGCUGCAUUACGUAAGAAAAAGGAAGAAGCUUUAAAAGUACAAAGAGAAGCAGAGAGGCAAUCAGAAAGUGUUAAGGAUGAGAAAGUGUCAAAAGCGAAGGAAGAAAAAAGUAGAUUUACAGCGGAAGAUAGGACAAUUAAAGUGCGGUGGCGUCGAGAUCAAAUCACAUUAGACAAGAAUAGACUAAUAAAUGCAUUUGAAAGAUUUGGAAAAAUUGAAGAUGUACUUUUGAAGGAUUUAAUGGACAAUACAAAGAAAAAAAAACUUAUUGUAGCAUUAAUUGUAUUUAAAUCAGUUGUUUCUGCGCAUGCUGCGAUAUCUGAAGCGUCUUUGCUGGCAGAGACGCCAUUUAUACAUUUGAAAGAUGUUUCUUGGGCAAAACAAGCACCUGAUUUAACCGGAAUAUCAGAACAUGUAACAUUAAAUGAAACUCCUGAUCCAAACAUUUCAAAAAAUAUACCUUUAUCACGUUCAAAUACUAUGCCCAGUUUAAAUCAAAACCAUUUGGAUUAUCAAAAUAUAAUAUUAAUGCGAAUGAGAGAAGCCGAACGGGAAAAACUCGCAAAUGAUAUUUUACAAUCAGAUAAUCAAAUUUAAUUAAAAAACAUUUUUACAUC